AAAUUUAAUUCAGUUUAGCAUUGACAUUGGUUCAGACAUUUUGCGAAAAUAAAAAAUAAGGAAACCCUCCCACCGAAAAAUCAAAAAUAUUUAGGAGGGCAAUAACUGGUGGAACUAGACGUUUUGAAAAAAAAUAAUCAAAGCACAAAAAACAAGAGAAAUUAAAUAAAAUUUUUGCCAACUAAACGUAGUGUUCCCCCAGAAAUUCCAAAAAAGAAAAAGUUUGUAGUGAACCAAAAAAAAAAAAAACAAAAUAAAAUAAAAAAGCAGAACUCAAAAAACUGUCUACCAACCCAAAUUUUAUUAGUGUUACGUUGUGAAUUCUUAACGAUUUAAAAAAAAAAAAAAACGAAAAUGCGUACUUUUAUCUCAGCUUUAUGCCUAAUGGCUGUCUGGAUUCCCUUUAACAAAGCCGCUCCAUUUCCCGCCGAAGUCAAACGAUGCCAUACCGGUGAUACAGCCUGCAUUGUCCGCACCUCCAAUGAACUGCUGAAAACCUAUGCCCGCAAAGGAUUACCGGCCGCAUUCUUUCCCGUCGUCGAACCAUUCCACUUGAAGAGGGUCGAACUCUCAGAUGGUCGCAGCGGUUCGUUGGCAUUGAAAUUGUCACUUCGCGAUGUCGAUGUGACGGGUCUGUCCGCCGUGAAAUUCGAUCGUGCUGUUGGUUUCUCACCCGAUCCAGCCACAAGUAAAUUCGAAUUGUAUGGCGAUCUCAACAAGAUGUCAAUUCACAGCAAAUAUACCGCUGACGGUCGUAUUUUAAUCCUGCCCAUUCAGGGUGAUGGUGAUGCUGAUAUUGGUUUCGAAAAAAUUAAGUUCUCCGUUAAGUUCAAGCCCUCCAUUCACCCCAAGGAUGGUAAGACCUACCUGGCUGUGGACAAAUUGAAGGUGUUGUUGGAACCCCAGAGAAUGACCAUGAAAUUGACAAAUCUCUUCAACGGCGACCAAGCCCUGGGUGCCCACAUGAAUCAAUUCUUGAAUGAAAACUGGAGCGAUGUCUGGUUGGAAUUGCAACCUUCCGUUCAGGAUACCAUUUCCAGCAUUAUACGCAACAUUUUGGAUACAAUGUUCAAAGAGUUCGCCUAUCAAGAUUUCUUGGAGUUUUAGAGGGGGGAGAUUCUUCUCAGCGAUAAAUAGCCUUUAAGUUGUCUAGUUGUAAGGAAUCCAUCCAUCCAUUCAGAUCAUAAGACGAAGUAUUGCAUUUGUUUGUGGUUAAUGUCAUUAGUUUUAGUUCCAUCCAUCCAUUCAUUCGCUCAUUCUUGCAUCCGACCUCUUUUGGUUGAAACACAAAGAAAAAAAACUUGAAUUUCCGUAUUUGGCCGCAUGGUGCAGAAAUGCGGAAAUUUAAUGUUCAUUUAUAAAUAGUUCAUAAGACGCCAUAAAUACAUUCAUGUAUAAAUAAUUCACAAAAAAAUAAAAACCAAAUACAAAAAAAAAAU